CCCGUGCAGUGUGUGCGGCAGUGGGUCGGUCAGAGGGAGCGGAGACGGAGCAGGACGCACCGAGUCAACAUCUGGAGGGAAAUUAGAGAAACUUACCGAUUAAAAACAACAAGAACAACAAAAAACAGCGACGUUCUGGUUGGACAAAAAAACUCUGCAGCGGUGUUGCUUUUCUGCUCGGACAUACAAUGAAACGGUUACCUGGCUGUUUGUCGGAUCUGGAGUCUCUUUUUGCGCCGCUGCGACUUUGACACCAGAGUCUCUAUGAGUUUACUCUUUGGAGGAGUUUCAGGCAAUCAGAACUUGAGUUGGACAUCCAGGGAAGCAGUCAGGGAGUAAAACUAAAGCAAGAAGCCACUGGAAGCAGGACACUUGAGCACCACCACCACCAUGGAUGAGGAACAGUGCUACUACAACGAGACCAUCGCCUUCUUCUACAACCGCAGUGAAAAAUACCUGGCGACUGACUGGAACACCGUCAGCAGGCUGGUGAUGGGCCUCGGCAUCACCGUGUGCAUCUUCAUCAUGCUGGCCAACCUUCUGGUGAUGAUCGCCAUCUACGUCAACAGGAGGUUCCACUUCCCCAUCUACUACCUGAUGGCCAACCUGGCAGCUGCGGACUUCUUCGCUGGCUUGGCCUACUUCUACUUGAUGUUCAACACGGGACCGAACACCCGGCGUCUGACGGUUUCUACGUGGCUGCUGCGUCAGGGCCUGAUCGACACCAGCCUGACGGCAUCUGUGGCCAACCUGCUGGCCAUCGCCAUCGAGCGCCACAUCACCGUGUUCCGCAUGCAGCUCCACACUCGUAUGAGCAACCGGCGUGUGGUGGUGAUCGUCAUCAUCUGGACCAUGUCCAUAGUCAUGGGGGCCAUCCCCAGCGUGGGCUGGAACUGCAUCUGCAGCAUUAAGUCCUGCUCCAACAUGGCGCCGCUGUACAGCAACUCCUACCUGGUCUUCUGGGCUGUCUUUAACCUGGUGACUUUUGUUGUCAUGGUGACGCUGUACGCCCACAUCUUUGUGUAUGUGAGGCAGAGGACCAUGAGGAUGUCGAGGCACAGCUCUGGACCGCGACGCAACCGAGAUACCAUGAUGUCUCUGCUGAAGACUGUGGUGAUCGUGUUAGGUGCGUUCAUCAUCUGCUGGACCCCCGGUCUGGUCAUCCUUCUCCUCGACGUCUUCUGUGCCCACUGCAACGUCCUCACCUACGAGAAGUUCUUCCUGCUUCUCGCCGAGUUCAACUCAGCCAUGAACCCCAUCAUCUACUCCUACCGCGACAAGGAAAUGAGCGCCACCUUCAGGCAGAUCCUGUGCUGCCAGCGUCAGGAGAACGUCAACGGGACGGCGGCAGAGGGAUCCGACCGCUCUGCGUCUUCCAUCAACCACACGGUGCUGAGCGGCAGCGGCAUGCACCACCACCAUCCCCACCACAACGAACACUCGGUGGUGUAAAGGAACACAGGAAGAGAUCCUGGAGAUAAAUCCAUCCUCCUGAAGGGUUGUUCUCUAACGGAGACUAGGAGAAAGUGAAUGGAGGUUUGUAAGGAUCAGAGGGACUAAAUUAGUGGAUGAAGGUCGUAGAUGAGCUGAAGAUGAACAGGAUCAAUGAAGAAGAGGAUUAAGAAAGAUGAAAAGACUUCAUCUGUCUGGAGACCAGGAGAGGAGUCUGAUCUUCCAGGACUCUGAUAGGCUGUUAGUAUUUCUGUUUAGUUGUUUAUUAUUUUCUAUUUGUGUUAAAUGUGUUGCUACAGGCGACGAUGAUAUGAACUAUUUAAAAGUAAUCUGUGAAAUGAAGGUGAUGCCAGUAUAACCCUCAUCUUUCUCCAGGCUUCUCUAACCUUCUGAGCUGUAGAUCCCCUCAGAUGUCCUCCUGGUAGUGUUCUGUGAACAGACAGCAGGACGCUACCGUCAACAUUUCAUUGAGUUAUUUGGGUCUGAUCCCAGAUUUAGAACAUUACAGCUUCUCCUUCGCUUACAUUUAGUGGAAAAGACUUCAGAUCUGUGGAUAUUCAAAAAAGAUAAAAAUGUGUGACUGAAAAUUAUUUCCUACAGCUUUAAGUUUUAAAAUGUGCCUUUUUGAGACCUUAUUGUUUCAAGUUCCAGAGUUUUAUAUCCACAAAAGGUUUCAUCCAAAGUGAAAAAUCCUUUAGUUAUCCUCCCAAUGCUUCUAAAUAUAGACAUAUCUGUGUUUGUUUAAACAAGCUGCCAAAAACCUUAGUGCUGUCCUAUCAUUCUACAUUUGACAGUGUUUAAGAAGCCCUUUAAUUACAAGUGACCUUCCAGACUAGAACAUUACUCUACUGACUAUCUUCACAGAUUAAAAGGCUUUAGUGAACCCCCCCUCAGUGGUUUCUUGCUUUCAUCCAACGUAAAUACACGACGGGUCCAAGAUUAACAAGAAGUCCUGAGUUGUUUAUUCCCUCUGAGGAGUUAAAGAUGAGUAGUUCCAGGAUGUCACCAGACAGAGAAGUGGGAGUCAGUGUUCUGGAGACGAGCUGAAGGUCAGAUCUAAUGAGACGUAAUGGAUUUACUCUCGCUGUGUCCAGAAAAAGGGACUGUCAAAUUAUAACCAGUGUUAAGACUUAGUUGCCUUCUGGGAUUUUUUGACAUUUAAACUACACAUCGGACAACAAAACAAAAAGAGGAAUGUUCUCCAGAAAGGUGGUGGCUCCUCUAGAUCAGCUAUUCCAUCUUCUCAGCCUGAACGUGAAGAUAAAAUGAUCUUAAUGAAUGCCAUGAAGGAUUUCACAAACAAAAUUCUCCAGUAUGUCUUAUAGCAGCUGUCCACAACUGACCUGGGGACAGUUCAGUGCAACUACAGUAUGUCAGCAGGUCAGUUUAAACCAACUGGAGUCAAAGGACAAGCUAGAAGGAGUCGUUUGAACUUUGUUACAGUUUAGUAAUAAUCAGACGUCUAGAUGACCGUGGUGGACGCUGGAUCAGGAUCUACAAAGGCCUGACAGUGGGUUAGCAUGCUGCUAGCAUGCUGCUAGCAUGGCUCAUCCCACAACAAAACCUUUCCCAACAGCAUGUUGUGCAAAAAUGAUGUCAGAGUUCAUUCAAAGCAGCACUCAGAUGUACUUUUAGAGAGAAACUACGUACAUUUCAGACGAUGCUGAGUUUCUCUUCUUUCAGGGACCUAAAACUAAACACCACAGCCUUAUAUGUGGCUUCAAAACACUCCAGGGUGUCUGCGUCCUUCUAUAUGUCGGAGCCUGACUGGGCACAUUUCUGUUGUUACAGUGUUAUUGGUGAUAUGAAGUAAUACAGAUGUCCACUGAAAACAUGUUUUAUUGAUAGUUGAGGUUGUGAUAAUGUUUAUUGCAACACAGCAGUCAGUAUUUCUCAUAGUUCUUAUUCAUUGACGUAUUACCGUAUACGCUGAUGAUAGUCGGCUCUUUAUUUCAGUUGACUGACUUGGUGAUCCAGAACUGAGCCGGUCCGAUGUUGAAUGGUGUCAUAUGUUUGGUUUCUGCCUUUAACCCGAGAUGUUUUGGUGCAGCUGAGAGUCAGCGUAUCGAUGCGAUGACGUACUUCCUGUAAAAACUGCCAGAGAAUGUUUUGUCAUGACUCGAACCAAAACACUUUUUGGCCAAAAUACAUAAUCCUGGUUCCCAGCAGCCGACAGCUGCCAGAAACGCAGCCAGAUGUUAUCCAGGAAGCCAGAUGUUUGUCAGGAGUUUAAGCUGCAGUGUGAACAUGAAGUCAGCUGUUAUUUCUAACCUUUUUAUCCAGUUUAUGAAGCAACACAAGUUGUUUUAUCCAGAAAAACCAUCCUCCACACCAUCACUCUGCUUUACUCUGUUUUCUGAAGGACUGUGGUCGAGGCUAAUUAUUAGACCGCUCAUUGCUUUACUGGUUUGGUGCUUUUUAAAAACUUCACAUUUUCCAAACUAAAAAACAGAGAAAAUCUAAAAUUUUGAAGAAAGAAUCUGCCAUUAAACAGUUCAUCUGAUAACCGGACCAGGAUCUCAGUGUUUCAUCACCAACUCCUUCCUCCUUAUUGGACUGUAACUUUAUUAAAUAUUGAUUCAGGUUAAUAUAGCAAACCAACUGAAUAUUUCUACCUUGUGUGUCUUUGUUUACCAGUGUGUUCCUCUUUGUAUACCGUUGUAAGUACCUGUGUACAGUCUGUAUAUAUAAAAUAUAUUAUUCCAGUUAAUCACCAAAGGGAAACGUGUUUGUGCCUGUAAAUUUAACUGUUAUACUCUGUCCAGAUGUACUGUAGGAUUGUUUUUUUAUUAAUGUCAUUUGUAUUGUGACCCUAAUUAAUGAAUUACCUGUAGACAUUAUUACACUUAUUAACAUACGUGUGAGCUGAACUAACUCAGUGUGAGUGCAGUGCCUUCCAGUAAGCUAACACCGGACUGAAAAGCAGCUUUUACUGUUUUGAUUUAAAGUUUCACCACGAGCACACUCUGAAAAAUGAUGCGUUGUUUUUUCCUCUGGAAUCACACUCAUUGUUAAUUAAAACAUAUUUCCUGAUUAGUUGCAGAAGCAUGUUGAUUAUUAAUAACAGAUAAGUCAUUCCAAACAGUAGUUUAUAGUGUCAUGAACUUAAUUACUAAAACUAUAAAUGCUAGUGACAGACAUUUUAUAAAUGAGGUCACUCCUGUUAGAUUUUCUCAGAAAUGUUUUAUUUCUUCAUGAAAGAAGUUAAUUCAUUCAACAGCAAUUUGGUUUAACUUCAUCAAAUGAACAAAAACAACAAACACUAAAUAUGAGUUUAAAUUUUAAAUUGAUGCAGUUAUUAUUAGAUCAGCUCUGCCUUACUGAAGUGUAAAACAUUUUAUCUAAAUCAAUAAAUUAGAGUUUUUAUCUUACAUUUACGCGUUUAGCAGUAACUAGGUCCUCUGAAUGAUCACUGCAGCACGGUGGAACUUUAAACCACCGGACAUCAGCACAAACUCCAUUUUCAGACGGUGUUGAGUUACUUUUUGAGCUUGUGUGUCACUAACUCAGUCGUCUUCUAACUGCCUUAAAGUAGAACACAGAUCAGUGUUAGAUAUCUCACCACUAAACACCACCAACCUUCGUUUUCUGUAAAUUCAGAACUGUCCUGUUUCCCACAGAUGGCAGAGGCCAUUUUUAUCACAUUAUCUGCUCAGAUUAGAACAUCCCGGCUGUCCUCUUAUUUAGUCUGAACGGUGCCUCCAGUGUUUACUGUGGCCUUCAGCUGCAGUCCAGGACUGAUUUAACCUAAAGCUGUGGGACUACAUGUGCACUGCUGGGUUUAAUGACUGAUCUUCCUGAUUGUUGGUUUUCCAAAGUGAAGCUUUAAAUGUUGAAAAAAAAGCGAGACCACAGAUUUAUUGAACCGUGUACCAAUAGUUUAUAGAAAGUGACACAGAAAUAAAUGUGAUUCCAAACUAUCUAUCCUGUAGAGGCCGAUACCAAUGGAUGCCCAGCCAGAGUCAGCAUUGAUAUUCCAGCAGCAAUAAAAAAACAUCAGAGAAGUCUGAAA